UGUCGGUGGAGGAACAGAAGGCGGAUGGCGUAGAGCGUCAAAACUGAGAAAGCAAAAUGAAAAUGACUUACUCAUCAUAUUACCCUUUCUUUUUUUAAAUAAAAACAAAAAGAUAAAAAAUAUGAGUUGUUGUAAGCGUUUGAGGUGCAUGUUUUAACGGAUAACACGUUACCCUUUCCGUUCGCAUAUAUCUUACACACAAGCAUAUACCAUAUUCUUCUUUCUUCUCUUCUUUUAUCUCUCUCUCUCUCUUUAACCAUAUACCAAACCAAAACUUUAACUUUGUUCCUCCCAGAAAAUUUGACCAAACAUUAUGGGAAAGAUCAUGUCUUUCAAACAGGAGUACUCUUUUGAUGAGCGAGUUGAUGAAUCAAAGAACAUGAUUGCGAAAUACCCAGAUAGAGUUCCUGUGAUACUUGAAAAAUAUACAAAGACAGAUUUGCCUGAAAUGGAAAAGAAGAAAUACCUUGUUCCUAGAGAUAUGUCGGUUGGACAAUUUAUCCAUGUAUUAAGCAGCAGGCUGCAUUUGAGUCCUGGAAAAGCCCUUUUUGUAUUUGUGAAGAACACAUUACCCCAAACAGCUAGCUGUAUGGAUAUUGUGUAUGAUACUUACAAGGAUGAAGAUGGGUUCCUGUACAUGUGUUACAGCAGCGAGAAAACAUUUGGCUAGUUAUUAUUGCAGCCACGGUGUUUGCUUGUUUGUUUGUUUGUAAGUAGUAUUUGUAAAUUGUAAUUAAAUUAAAUUCACUUUGCUGUCGUCUUCAUCAUCAUCAUCAUAAACGUGUCUGCAUCUCUAAUUUCAAGCAUGGCACGCUUUGUUCAAAAGAUGUUAAUUUGUUAUUUUUCUGACUACUUUAGGGGCCUCCUCUUUAUGUUUCCUUUGUCAACUAUUAAAGAUGGAAACUAUGGAGAGCAUAGCCUUUCUUCUAAAGUUACAAUGUCAUUAUUAUGCCAUUGUCACCUCACAAUAAAGAAUAAAAAGUUCAUUUGUGAUUAUUCA